UGUUGUGGGGGUGGGUCUUCUGCUUGGUAGGACUUUGUUGAGUGAAAGUGCUAUUGCGACAGCUGUUUAAGUUUACUCACCGGGUAUCCUUUUAGAGAUCAGACUUUGAGCGAGGUUUGCCUGAUAGCUAUAGCCUUCUUCCUUUGGCUGCCCUUGCUGACAGUCCGUUUACAUAAAUGCAGUCCAAUUCCCAAUAAAAUGACAGCACCACUGUAACCAAGUUUGUGAAGGAGGUCUGAGCAACACUGCAGGUCAGAGUUCCUGUAUUUCUUGAAUGCUGCUUGCGACUCUAGUUGACCAUGGGGUUAAAUUCCAUCCACUGGUUCCGGAAAGGUCUGAGACUACACGAUAAUCCUGCUCUUAGAGAAGCAAUACAUGGAGCUGGUACUGUUCGCUGCAUUUACAUUCUUGAUCCAUGGUUUGCUGGUUCUUCCAAAGUGGGAAUCAAUCGUUGGAGAUUCCUGUUGCAGUGCUUGGAGGACCUCGAUGCUAAUCUCAGGAAACUGAACUCUAGACUCUUUGUAAUCCGUGGACAGCCGGCAGAUGUCUUUCCUAGACUCUUUAAGGAAUGGAAAAUCAACAGACUGACAUUCGAAUAUGAUUCAGAACCAUUUGGAAGGGAAAGGGAUGCAGCCAUAAAAAAACUUGCCAGCGAAGCUGGGGUUGAAGUGAUUGUGAAAAUAUCUCAUACACUGUAUAAUUUAGACACUAUCAUUGAGCUGAAUGGAGGACAUGCACCUUUGACAUACAAGCGAUUUCAGACUCUUAUCAGCCACAUGGAACCACCAGAGAAGCCUGUAGAGACCGUCACACCAUCUUUUAUGGGGAAAUGUGUUACACCUGUGUUGGAUGACCACAGUGAGAAAUAUGGAGUGCCAUCAUUGGAGGAACUUGGAUUUGAAACUGAAGGCUUGCCAUCAGCGGUUUGGCCUGGUGGAGAAACAGAAGCACUCGCCAGACUUGAGAGGCAUCUAGAGCGAAAGGCUUGGGUUGCAAAUUUUGAAAGGCCAAGAAUGAACGCUAAUUCACUAUUGGCAAGUCCUACUGGUCUUAGUCCGUACCUUCGUUUUGGAUGCCUGUCAUGUCGUCUCUUCUACUUCAGGUUAACGGAUCUCUAUAAAAAGGUGAAAAAGAACAGCUCGCCACCACUUUCUCUCUAUGGUCAGCUUCUUUGGCGAGAGUUCUUUUAUACCGCUGCCAAAAACAACCCCAAUUUUGACAAGGUAGAAGGAAACCCAAUAUGUGUUCGCAUUCCAUGGGACCGAAAUUCAGAAGCACUAGCAAAAUGGAAAGCUGGAAAGACUGGUUUUCCUUGGAUUGAUGCCAUCAUGACCCAGUUACAUCAAGAAGGUUGGAUUCAUCACCUAGCUCGACACGCUGUGGCCUGUUUUCUUACUAGAGGGGAUCUUUGGAUCAGUUGGGAAGAGGGCAUGAAGGUAUUUGAAGACUUGCUUCUUGAUGCAGACUGGAGCGUUAACGCAGGGAGCUGGAUGUGGUUAUCCUGCAGCUCUUUCUUUCAACAGUUUUUUCAUUGUUAUUGCCCUGUUGGAUUUGGGCGCCGGACUGAUCCCAAUGGUGACUAUGUUAGACGUUAUUUACCUGUUCUUAGAGGUUUUCCUACCAAGUACAUCUAUGACCCGUGGAAUGCGCCCAAGAGUGUUCAGCUUGCAGCAAAGUGUGUAAUAGGUGUGCAUUACCCAAAGCCAAUGGUGAACCAUGCAGAGGCAAGUCGCCUUAACAUAGAAAGAAUGAAGCAAAUAUACCAGCAGCUGUCUCGCUACAGAGGAUUAGGUCUCCUUGCCUCAGUGCCUUCAAAUUCUAAUGGUAGCGGAAAUGGUGGAAUGAUGGGGUAUUCUGCAGAUCACACAUUGACAAAUAAUGGAACAUAUGGCUGGUUAUCCACAGGAGGAAAUGGGAACAGUAGCAUUCUUAAGUAUGGCACCAGUGCACUUACAGGGCCAAAUGGAAUGCAGAAAGGUAACAGCACUUAUGGAUGUGUGAGCAACAGUCUGUUUGCUAAAAGAGAGCACGAGUUGGAAUGUAAUGGAAUAAGCAAUGAUGAAGACCAUGCAUUGGCAGCAAAAGUCCGAAGGCAAAGUGACAAUAACCAUGAUGGAGCACAUGAUGUCAUCCUUGUGUCUUACUGAAUUCGUACUUGCCAUGAAGCUGAAACAGUGAAGACGCAGACGCAGCUGGUUUCAGAUUGUCGGUUUCAGCUAUUAUUUUACAGCAGCAUUUUACAAGAAAAAAGAGAAAAUUCAGAAAUAUAUUUACUGGUGUUUUUUAAACUUCUGUACUACUUUUAUUUUCCGAUUACUGAUGUGAAUCUUGUUAAUGUGACUUUUUUUACUGAACAUUUGUG